AUCGAAUACGUCACUGCCAAAAGAAACAGCCGAAUCACGUGAAACACAUCGAGUUAAAUUGUUCUCUUAUAUUUCAUUUAAUAAUAUUACUCCGAAUAAUAAUACAGUUAUAUUGAAAUGGUAUUCAACACUUAGAGUUGCGACAGUCGUUGACAGAAAAUCGUUGGUCGAUUGAUUUCGCCUUCGCUCUUCUUGAAUCGAUUGCUUCUGUCUGCGUACAUCAACAUGGCGGUUACACAGGCUACCAACCCCUCACAGUUGCUCCCUUUGGAGCUUGUGGACAAAUGCAUCGGUUCUCGAAUCCACAUCGUCAUGAAGACAGACAAAGAAAUUGUCGGCACUUUGCUGGGCUUCGAUGACUUUGUCAAUAUGGUCUUAGAGGACGUGACAGAAUUUGAAAUAACGCCAGAGGGUCGCAGGAUAACUAAGCUGGACCAGAUUCUGCUCAACGGCAACAACAUCACCAUGCUCAUUCCAGGUGGAGAAGGCCCAGAAGUUUAGCACCUGGACCUUAAUGAGUUCUUUUGGGGGUUUUUUCAGUUUGUUAGUGAAAUCUAUUUUUUUCUAAGUGUGAUAUGAAGCACACAUAACCUUUUGUUACAAAUAAAUGGCACAAAUUGACAAAAGAGUUGU